ACUUAUUAAAUAGAGUAGUAGGCAAUGACUGACCAAGUGCAAUGUUUACAUCUGCUGGUGAAGCAUACUGGCUCUAGGAACCCCUCCUCCUGGAAGACCCCCACCAUCACCCGGUCUAAAGGGGAGGCAAUAGAACAGCUGAAGGCAUUCCAUGCGCAACUACAACCUCUAAGUGGAAACGAUCUAGUGAAAGCAUUUAGUGAACUGGCUGCCAAAAACAGCGACUGCUCAUCAGCAAAACGAGGCGGAGAUUUAGGAAUGUUCGGGCGUGGCAUGAUGCAGAAGCCAUUCGAGGAAGCUUCGUUUGCUCUGGGCGUGAAUGAAAUGAGUGGCGUUGUCGAUACUGAUUCUGGAGUACAUAUUAUUCUAAGAGUGCAAUAGUUGAAAAGAUACUUUUUGGAACUUGAUUUAUUUAAACUAAAUGAACUGCCAAAAGUUGACUUGUCUGCGUUUUACAGAAAUUCAUUACAAUAUUUUUGGAAGCACGUGUAUGUUUUGUAGCGUUGAAUUGAUAAUUAAGUCAG